AUGGUUAUCCUGACCAUGGAUUCAGAGGACGAUGAUGAUUUGGACAUCGAUUGGAACAACAUUGAAACUAUCAAGAAAUUUGAUUCAGCCGAUUCAACCAACCUCCUAUCGAUAGUCACACGAACUACUGCUGAGCUGCACAGUGAGGAGCGGUCGCUUCAAACUCGUUUAGCAACGAAAGCAUCGGCUCCUGUGAGUCUGUUGGUGGAAAGCUUGUUACAACAGCUAUGUGCACUGCUGGAACCGGAUGCCGAUCGUUCGCGUGUCUUGUACAAGACCAUUUGCGAACGAUUGCACGCAGUCAACCUGAUAGACGAAACGUACACGAUGGGCGAGUUCGAGAUGAUGCGCAGCCAGUACCAAAAAGCCCUCUACCAUCUGGUCAGCAUUGCACGUGGACGAGAUUUGCCGGUUGUGUUGCCCGAUCUGCAAGAAUACUGGCCACUUCCGGCGGGGCUCGAAUGGUCACGCUACUACCGGGAGUUUGAAGAGAUUUCCUUCAUCGCGGGAGGUGGAUUCGGUAAGGUAUAUCGGUCCCGCAACAAGCUGGACGAUAACGUGUACGCCGUGAAGAAGGUGACAAUCCGAUCGACGACCAUUAAGAAUGUACUGGUACAUCUUGCUGAGGUAAAAACACUCGCCAGUUUGAAUCAUAUCAACAUCGUACCUUACAAAGCGGCAUGGCUUGAGCCGCUAAUGUCCCCGGGAAAGAACAGCGUCAACAGCACGUCGACAAUCGACGACGAUGAAAGCUCUUCAUCGGAAGACGAUGAGGACGAAACGCAUCGUACGAAAGAUUCAUUGCGAAGGCCAGAACACGAUUCUGAGGAGUUCAGCAUCCUCUUCGAAAAGAGUAACGGCGAGCAGGAGCAGGAGAAUAGUGAUGAAGCGAGAAACCAAAUAGCGGAAAUGGAAGAUGCUUCGAGAAGCGUAGUUAGCAUCGAAGAGACCCAGCCGCAUAUUAAUCUGAGGUGGGCUACACUGUACAUCCAGAUGACUCUCUGUCAUUUGACGUUACGUGAAUGGCUCGAUCAGCGUAACACUGCGGAGAGUUUUUCCCAAUUCUAUGCCAACUUUUUGCACAAUGAGCAUGGCUUUGUUACGUCUAUACCACGGAACUCGUUCUGCCGCCAAAGCUCGCAGCUUUCCAACGCAAGCGAACCUGAAACGAUCGAUCAAGAAUUACCGUCCAGACGUAGCUCGGAAUCCUCCAAAGAUGACUGCCAGACGGAAGACAAUGUACAACAUCUUGACAUCGUUAUCGACAUUUUUCAGCAAUUGCUGAACGGCUUGAACUACAUUCACUCGCGUGGCAUCGUUCAUCAUGACAUUAAACCAAGCAAUAUUUUUGUUAGUCUGUCGCACCACGAUUCAAAAAUAAACAUUCAGCUGGGAGAUUUUGGUUUGGCCUGUCCGCUGCAAAGUUCCCAUGUAGGCGUUGGCUUCGGCACACCGCUCUAUGCAGCUCCGGAACAGUUGGCGGGAGAGUGUGAUCCAAAGUCGGACAUCUACUCGCUCGGUAUAAUACUGCUCGAGCUGCUUGUACCGUGUUCAACCGAUAUGGAACGUGCGGAAACUAUCAAGCAAGUGCGGCACGGUCAAUUUCCACCCGAUCUCGAUCGUGAUUUUACGGGACUGUUGAAGAACUUGCUUCACAUUCAGCCUGCGAGACGGCCCGGGAUGCACGAUCUGGUGGAAGCCGUUAAUCGCAUACGCAUAAACCGUGACCGAGUGAUAUCGGAGCUGCGUAGGAGCUUAUCACUGCGAGAGGAAGAAAUUACCAGUCUGCGGACGCAGAUCGACGAACAGCAACGGGCACAACAUGAGACGGCGGAAGAGCGUGUGCUGAUGGAACAGCGAACCACACGUACGCUGAUCGUCAAAGAGCAGGAGCUGAUCUACAUGAACAUGGAGAUGCAAAACAAGGAGAUACAGUUGCGCAGCAAAGAUAUGGAGCUGCGCAGUAAGGAUGAGGAAAUACAAAAACUCAAAGAGAUGCUUCGAUCAUACCAGGAAAAGGAAGCGAACGCUCAGCAACGGAAAGAAGAUGAAUGA